AUGAGCACAAAAAUUUUCCGGGCGUAUUCCUCAAGAGGGUCUCUUCUACCGACCCUUCGAAAUUUUGGAAGGCCCCAUCGCCGAUGCUUUGCAGCUGCCGUCUCGGCCGAACUUGAGGGAAUUGCUAUUGAUCAGAUACGCAAUUUUGGUAUCUCGGCUCACGUUGAUUCAGGAAAAACAACUCUCACAGAACGGAUUCUAUUUUAUACAGGGAGGAUCAAUUCGAUGCAUGAAAUCCAAGGAGGAGACGGUGUGGGGGCAAAAAUGGACAGCAUGGAACUCGAAAGGGAGCGAGGCAUCACAAUUCAAUCUGCUGCUACUUUCACCAAUUGGUCUUGUGGUGGUUUGAAACACCACUUCAAUAUUAUUGAUACUCCAGGUCACAUUGAUUUUCAAAUAGAAGUUGAACGCUCAUUAAGAGUUCUUGAUGGUGCAAUUCUUGUUGUCUGUGGAUUACAAGGAGUUCAAGCACAAACUUAUACAGUUGAUCGACAAAUGAAGAGAUAUGGCGUGCCGCGUAUCUGCUUCAUUAAUAAAUUGGAUAAAGAGCUUUCUGAGCCUUGGAAAACAGUUGAACAAUUGAGAGAGAAACUAGGAAUGAAACUGGUUCCAAUCCAAGUUCCGAUAGGAAGAGGUUCAGAGCUGAAAGGCAUUGUAGAUGUUAUUGAUCGGACUGGGUAUCAAUUCGCUGGUCGAUAUGGAGAGAAAAGAGAAACCAUGCCAAUACCUCCCGAGUUCAAGGCGCAAAUAGAGGAAGUUCGUUCUGAAUUGAUUGAAACGAUCGCAAAUUUGGAUGAAAAGUUUGGAGAUCUCUAUUUGGAAAAAGGGGAGGCUCAAUGUUCAGCAGAAGACAUAAGGGCAGGAAUAAGAAGAUUGACGAUACAGAGAGAGAUGGGCACGUUGCGCAAGGGAAUUCCAAUUUACUCACCCGCUCUUGGUAAAAGAAUUCCAAUGAAAAAAAUGUACCGAAUGCAUUCGAACGAAGCAGAAGAAAUACAAGUUGCUCGUGCUGGAGAUAUUGUUGCUAUCAGUGGGAUGGACGUUUCAACUGGAACGACUUUGUGUGAUGAAUCUCUUGAUGUCACAUUGUCAUCGAUGUAUGUUCCUGAUACGUCUGUAUUCCAUAGUCGAUCUUCUCUAGUACUCUCGUCUAUUCAGGUGUCAGGGAGCGCUGAUGUUAUAAAAUUCAAUAAAGCAAUCAAAAGAUUUCAACGAGAAGAUCCGACAUUCAAAGUGACAUUUGAUGAUGAAUCCAAGGAAUCGUUGUUGUGUGGAAUGGGAGAAUUACAUUUAGAAAUUUAUGCGGAAAGAAUGAGAAGGGAAUACGGGAUUGACGUGAAACUUGGUGAGCUUCAAUUAUUGAAUUGUUGCGUGGAGUGA